AUUCGGCUCAGCUGACUUGUCGUUGCUGCUGCCGCCGCCAGAUUCCGGAGGACAAGGCGAAAGAUGGACGUGCAAGUUGCUCCGCUCCGCAGUUGGGACGAUUUCUUCCCCGGUUCCGAGCGCUUCGCCCGGCCGGAUUUCAAAGAUAUUUCCAAAUGGAACAACCGGGUGGUCAGCAACCUUCUUUACUACCAGACCAAUUAUCUGGUGGUCGCUGCCAUGGUGGUUUCCAUUGUGGGAUUCCUGAGUCCUUUCAACAUGAUCCUGGGUGGGACGGUAGUGGUACUGGUAUUCACAGGGUUUGUGUGGGCGGCCCACAAUAAAGACAUCUUCCGCCGACUGAAGAAACAGUAUCCCACGACGUUUGUCAUGGUUGUCAUGUUGGCCAGUUACUUUUUGAUAUCUUUCUUUGGCGGUGUUAUGGUCUUCAUAUUUGGAAUCACAUUUCCAUUGCUGCUGAUGUUUAUCCAUGCUUCCUUGAGGCUUCGGAAUAUCAAGAACAAACUGGAGAAUAAGAUGGAAGGAAUAGGUUUAAAGAAGACACCCAUGGGCAUUUUUCUAGAUGCUCUUGAGCAACAGGAAGAAAGUUUCAAUAAAUUUGCUGACUAUAUCAGUAAAGUGAAGGAAUAACGUACAGAUAACAUGGUGUUGAAUUGAUUUACUAUUUGUUCUUUCCAUUUGUGGUUCAGAAAUGAAAUGCAAAUAUUGUACUAUUAAAACUAACUAUGGUAAGAUUCAAGUAGGGCAAAUUCAUAUAAUUGAGUAAGUAGAAGCUAUAAGCAAACAGUUCUAUUAUGUGAUAAAACAUUUCAGUCUUCUGUAUCUGUUUACGAAAUAUAGACAAAUUAUUAAUCUUAAAUAUCCUUUGUUUUUCUGUGUAAAAAAAGAGGGGUUUGGCUGUACAUUUUGAUGCAGGCAUAGUUAUAAACUUGUAACUGUACUGUUGAUAAUCCCAAUGACACUUUUCUUUUUCCUCUAAGGUAUACUUAAAACAGCUGUUUUAAACUGCUUAAAAUGUUGAAUAGCAAUAAAUAAAAAUUUCUUAAUCUUAGUGUCACCAACGCCCCCUGCUCACAAAACAAAUAUAUGAAUAGAAGGCUUUGUAUCUGUUUUCGUUCAUUUCCUGUGUGUGAGCUAAAUUUAUAAGCUUGUUUUUAAUCAUUUUUCUAGUGUAUAAAUUAAUAUUUAGUUUUCUUGCUUUUUAACAUUCGGUGGCAACUGGAUUAAUUUUCUCUGUUUACAAUUUUGGUGUCUGUAGAAGACUGCUUUCUAAAACUUUUUAGAAACUUGUGUGGUGAGUACAUAGCACGUCAAAUGUAAAAUGACUGUUAAAAGUAUGUUACGUUUGUAAGAUGUAUCUGUGCUUAUGGUUUGAUUACAGAAUUUGAGUUUUGGGGGGUUGAUUUUUUUUCAGUUAUGUAGGGUGGAAGAGAAGGAAAAAAUAUUUCUAUAACAGUUUCCAUCCUUAUUCCUCUUAAUUGUAAUCAUUGGAGUGUUUCUACCUUUCACUGCUGCUUUUGUGAUUAUUUUUUAAGGACAGUAGAGCCAAAUUUUCAUCUGAAAUCUAAAAAAUAUAUUCUGGAAUUUUACAAUUGAAUAAAAUUUCAUUAGUUCGAAACACUAAUUUCACAAAUUUUUGGAAUACUUUGUCAUAUAAGUGAUCACAGUAGCAUAAUAGCUUAUGCAUUCUAUAAACAAUGCCUCUGGUAAAAACUGUUUUAGAAAAUGCUUUGACUAAUCAACUGAUUUACUAUGUAGUUCCCUACAAUUAAUUAUUCAGACAGUUGGAACACCUCAUUCCAUGAAAGUGUCCUAGACUGGUCAGUAUUUACUGAAGAAAGCUUUCACAUGUGUAUUCCAGAAUAAGAAAAAAAUAGCAUGCUCAUUUUUCUUACAUUUUAGUUUUUCAGCAUUCCUUCAUUUCAAGAGCGAUACUAAACCCAUGACUUCAUGGUGGUGUAGAAUUUUAAAACUACAAAAAUGUAAAGAAUAAAAUUUGUCAAUGAUU